AUGAGCAAAGUGAUUAAACCACCUAGCCAAACCAGAACGGCAGAUUUCCGCACUCUGGAACGUGAAUCUCGGUUCAUUAAUCCUCCUAAAGAUAAAUCGGCAUUUCCCUUAUUAGAGGAAGCUGUCCGGCCACAUAUUGGUUCCUUUAAUGCAUUAACUGAAGGGCCAGAUGGAGGUUUGUUAAAUCUAGGUGUUCAGGACAUUGGUGAAAAAGUCAUAUUUGAUGGGAAGCCAUUUGAUUCUGAAGAUGAAACCGCCAAUAGCAGCUACCUUGGAAAUAAGCUUUCUGUUAGUGUGGAACAAGUUUCCAUUGCAAAGCCCAUGUCCAACGAUGGUGUUUCUUCUGCAGUAGAGAGAAAAGUUUACCCAAGUGAGUCGAGACAAAGACUUACUUCUUAUAGAGGUAAAUUACUUCUAAAGUUGAAGUGGUCCGUUAACAAUGGUGAGGAAAACAUGUACGAAGUAAGAGAUUGCGGUGGUUUACCAGUUAUGUUACAAAGUAACAGAUGUCACUUGAACAAGAUGUCCCCGUAUGAAUUGGUACAGCAUAAAGAAGAAUCUGAUGAAAUAGGUGGUUACUUUAUUGUCAAUGGUAUUGAAAAGUUAAUCAGAAUGUUGAUUGUUCAACGUAGAAACCAUCCUAUGGCUAUUAUCAGACCAUCUUUUGCUAACAGAGGUGCAUCUUAUUCUCAAUAUGGUAUUCAAAUUAGAUCCGUCAGACCAGACCAAACCUCUCAAACUAAUGUUCUACAUUAUUUGAAUGACGGUCAAGUAACAUUUAGAUUUUCUUGGAGAAAAAACGAAUAUUUAGUCCCUGCUGUUAUGAUUUUGAAAGCUUUAUGCCAUACUAGUGAUAGAGAAAUUUUUGAUGGUAUUAUCGGUGAUGAUGUUAAGGAUUCAUUUCUAACUGAUCGUUUAGAAUUGUUAUUGCGUGGCUUUAAGAAAAGAUACCCUCAAUUACAAAAUCGUACACAGGUUUUACAAUAUCUAGGGGACAAAUUCCGUGUCGUCUUUCAAGCUUCCCCUGACCAAUCUGAUUUAGAGGUCGGGCAAGAAGUCCUUGACCGUAUUGUCUUAGCACAUUUGGGCAAGGAUGGUAACCAAGAUAAAUUUAGAAUGUUGUUGUUUAUGAUUAGAAAGUUGUAUUCUUUGGUUGCGGGUGAAUGUUCUCCUGAUAAUCCAGAUGCCACACAACAUCAAGAAGUCUUAUUGGGUGGUUUCUUAUAUGGUAUGAUUUUGAAAGAAAAGAUCGACGAGUACUUGCAAAACAUUAUUGCUCAAGUCAGGAUGGAUAUCAGCCGUGGUAUGGCCAUCAAUUUCAAGGACAAAAGAUAUAUGUCAAGAGUCUUAAUGAGAGUCAACGAGAACAUUGGUUCCAAAAUGCAGUACUUUUUAUCGACAGGUAACCUAGUCUCUCAAUCUGGGUUGGAUUUGCAACAAGUCUCUGGUUACACUGUUGUUGCUGAAAAAAUUAAUUUCUACCGUUUCAUUUCUCAUUUUAGAAUGGUUCAUAGAGGGUCAUUUUUUGCGCAAUUGAAGACAACCACAGUCAGAAAAUUGUUACCAGAGUCAUGGGGCUUCUUAUGUCCUGUUCAUACACCGGAUGGUUCUCCUUGUGGUUUGCUAAACCAUUUUGCCCACAAGUGUCGUAUAUCAACUCAACAAUCCGAUGUUUCAAAAAUCCCUUCCUUAUUAUACUCACUCGGAGUUGCUCCAGCUUCUCACACAUUCGCUGCUGGUCCUUCUCUAUGCUGUGUUCAAAUCGAUGGUAAAAUCAUUGGUUGGGUCUCUCAUGAGCAAGGUAAGAUUAUUGCUGAUACGUUGAGAUAUUGGAAGGUGGAAGGUAAGACACCUGGGCUGCCUGUAGAUCUAGAAAUCGGUUACGUGCCUCCAUCAACCAGAGGCCAAUAUCCAGGUCUUUACUUAUUUGGUGGCCGCUCCAGAAUGCUCCGUCCCGUUCGUUACCUGCCUUUAGAUAAGGAAGACAUUGUUGGUCCUUUCGAACAAGUUUACAUGAACAUUGCUGUCACAUCUCAAGAAAUUCAAAAUGAUGUUCAUACACAUGUUGAAUUUACACCAACAAAUAUUCUGUCUAUUUUGGCUAAUUUGACCCCAUUUUCUGACUUUAACCAAUCUCCAAGAAAUAUGUAUCAAUGUCAAAUGGGUAAGCAAACUAUGGGUACUCCAGGUGUUGCUUUGUGCCACCGUUCUGACAAUAAACUUUAUAGAUUGCAAACUGGCCAAACACCUAUCGUUAAAGCUAACUUAUAUGAUGACUAUGGUAUGGAUAAUUUUCCAAACGGUUUCAACGCCGUCGUUGCUGUCAUUUCAUACACUGGUUACGAUAUGGAUGACGCGAUGAUUAUCAACAAAUCUGCUGAUGAAAGAGGUUUCGGUUACGGUACUAUGUAUAAGACUGAAAAAGUGGAUUUGGCUCUUAACAGAAGUCGUGGUGACCCAAUUACACAACAUUUUGGUUUCGGAAAUGAUGAAUGGCCAAAAGAAUGGCUAGAAAAACUAGACGAGGAUGGUUUGCCAUAUAUUGGCACUUAUGUUGAAGAGGGUGAUCCAAUCUGUGCAUACUUUGACGAUACUUUGAACAAGACAAAAAUCAAGACAUAUCAUUCCUCAGAACCAGCAUAUAUAGAGGAAGUAAACUUGAUUGGUGACGAAUCAAACAAGUUUCAAGAACUACAAACUGUUAGCAUAAAAUACCGGAUUAGAAGAACGCCUCAAAUUGGUGAUAAAUUUUCUUCUAGACACGGUCAAAAGGGUGUCUGUUCCAGAAAAUGGCCUACCAUUGACAUGCCCUUCAGUGAAACUGGUAUUCAACCAGAUAUCAUCAUUAACCCCCACGCUUUUCCUUCACGUAUGACUAUCGGUAUGUUCGUCGAAUCUUUGGCAGGUAAGGCGGGUGCUUUGCACGGUAUCGCGCAAGAUUCCACGCCUUGGAUCUUCAAUGAAAGCGAUACUCCUGCUGAUUAUUUUGGUGAUCAGCUGGCGAAGGCAGGCUACAACUACCACGGUAACGAACCGAUGUAUUCAGGUGCUACUGGUGAAGAACUCAGAGCAGAUAUUUAUGUCGGUGUUGUUUACUAUCAAAGAUUACGUCAUAUGGUCAACGACAAGUUCCAAGUCCGUUCCACCGGUCCUGUUAAUAGUUUGACUAUGCAACCCGUCAAAGGUAGAAAGAGACAUGGUGGUAUUCGUGUCGGUGAAAUGGAAAGAGAUGCUUUAAUUGGACAUGGUACCUCAUUCUUGUUACAAGAUCGUUUGCUAAAUUCUUCGGAUUACACGCAAGCAUCUGUAUGUCGUGAGUGUGGCUCCAUCUUGACCACACAACAGAGUGUUCCAAGAAUUGGUUCGAUUUCGACAGUUUGUUGCCGUCGUUGUUCCAUGAGAUUCGAAGAUGCAAAGAAGUUGUUAAAUAAAUCAGAAGAUGGAGAAGGUGUUUUCAUUGACGAUUCUCAAAUUUGGGAAGACGGACAAGGGAAUAAAUUUGUUGGUGGUAAUGAGACAACUACAGUGGCUAUACCAUUUGUAUUGAAGUACUUGGAUUCUGAAUUAUCCGCUAUGGGUAUAAGAUUACGUUAUAAUGUUGAACCCAAAUAG